GGGAAGUCCAUACAUGAUACGACUCACUGUCACCGGCGGAGGCUUUGUCACCACUGUUGCAGAGUUCGUUCGCACUGUCAAUUUUCUUCCAUAUGGUGGAUUAUGUUCACUUGGCACUACAAACGCAGUAGUUGUCUCUGCCCGUGAUUGGCUAAUUCUCACGUGCGAGAAUUGGCAGGGAAACGACGAAAGAAAGACUAAAGGAACAGACAAUAAUCCACUUUUAAACUUCGUCGUGAGGCAGACAACAGUAGGAUCUCUGGUUCCAACUGAGCCUAUUUUAAGCACAAGUGCCACCCGAUCACAUGUAAUACUGAAAGUUGGAGCACCGCCAACCUUUGGAACGACCCUUACCGUGGAAGUCACCGACCUUCAUAACAACUUUGCCGUUGUCGAAAUAGCUGUUACAGCAAAUCCAGUAUUCAACUAUUCUGCUGUUACUCCAAACACUGCUGGCGCGGAUCUGAUCAAGGCCUACACGGAAGUAAAGUACCCCUUUGACGAAGCGCAACUCCUGAAUAUGGGCAAGAGUGACCUGAUUAUCUCCCUUAUAUCGGCUGUCUGCAGCAAUCUGCACUUAGUUGAGGGUAGGCUGCCAGCGAGCGGACCAGGCUCAGCGUUGACGGCACGACAGGGUAGGCUGCCAGCGAGCGGACCGGGCUCAGCGUUGACGGCACGGCAGGGUAGGCUGCCAGCGAGCGGACCAGGCUCAGCGUUGACGGCACGGCAGGGUAGGCUGCCAGCGAGCGGACCAGGCUCAGCGUUGACGGCACGGCAGGGUAGGCUGCCAGCGAGCGGACCAGGCUCAGCGUUGACGGCACGGCAGGAGAAAGCUCGUCACAACUGA